UCUGACAACGUUUAACCCGCGCAUAUACUCUGCUGAUGGAUUUGAGCUUAUAAAUGUUAUAAAUAGUAAAACAAAAAUUACAAUAUUAUAAACUGUUACUGUAUACGUAAAUUAUUCGAUCUAAACCUUACUCUGCAGAACUAAACGAUGUGAGAAACCUAAAGGACUCUUCAGUGUUUUCGCUAAAUUGAAUUGCAACUAUUCAACGAUGUGCGGACGAACAUGCCUAACUCUCGAUCCGAAGGAAAUCCAGAGCUGCUGUAAAUAUAGUCGAUCUUCAGAAGCUAAGCCUAAGCUACCAGAAUAUCGAAAUGAAUUUAAUUGUGGACGAAAAUAUCAGCCAUCAUACAACAUCGCACCUACAGAUCUGAGCCCCGUGAUAGUUUCGGCUGUUCAUUUCGAUGAGCAAGCAGACAGUAGGGAGCAAGUCAUCGUUCCUAUGAUGUGGAGUAUGGUGCCAAGUUGGCACAAAGGAGACUACAAAAAGCAUGGUCUGACGACGAAUAAUUGCCGACUUGAAGGAUUGGCUAUGUCUAAGUUGUACGGCCCUCCACUGAACGCAGGACAAAGGUGUGUUGUUUUGUGUGAAGGGUUCUACGAAUGGCAAACGACGAAAAAUCUCAAAGCGUCUGAUCGACAGGCAUUUUUCGUUCACAUGCCACAGAAUGAUCAAGUAAAAAUUGAAGAUAAGUCAACAUGGGAUUUAAAAAAUGAUGGGAUUACGCUUUUGAAAAUGGCUGGUCUUUUUGAUAUAUGGGUGAACGAACAAGGAGAUAAGCUAUAUAGUUACACUGUUAUAACAUUUGAGUCCAACGAACGAUUCUCUAAGAUACAUCAUCGUAUUCCUGCAAUUUUGGAAACACAAGAAGAAGUAACUUCGUGGUUGGACUUUCAACAUGUUGGAGUUAAUCGAGCAUUGAACAUGUUGAGGCCAAGUGAUACUAUUCAAUGGUACGCAGUUUCGAACCUGGUGAAUAACUCUAGAAAUAAAUCAGAACAGUGCAACAAACCAGUUGAUCACAAAGAAUCAAAGAACAAGUUAACAACGAUCAAAAGCAAAAUUAUGCAAUCUUGGCUCAUUCCCAAAAAAAGAAUCAAUGAAGAGUCUGACCUUGAAAACAAAGCAUCUAUGGAAGAGCCACCAGAAAAAAAAUCGAAGUGA